AUGUCGGCAAAUCCACAACCGCCCAUAUCACAAAUUUGGCAAGGAGGUUUUGGCAGUGGUUUAAGUGCUUUAAUGACAAAUGGUACUGAACAACAACACCAAACCCAGCAAAGUACCCAGCAAAAUAGUAAUAAUUUUCAUAACUCUACAAUGAAUAGAAACAAUAACAACAUUGCACAAGUCAGUGAAGCUUCAGAAGGAACAAAUAAUUACGUUAAUUUUACCCAGUUCAUCAUGCAGCACAAUUUUUUGGGUAACAACAAUGGUUUUGGACUUUCUGGAGAUGGGGGUAGUGGCGAAAGUGUAAACCAAGCUAACGGCAAUGAAAAUGGUGCAGUUGGUGGUGCAACAAAUACAGUCGCCACACAAGUUAACGGAGGCGGUGGCGUUCACGGUCAAAUUGGGGCCACUAAUGAUUAUUUUAAUUUCGUCGAUGCAAUGAAUCAUAAAGCGAGUAAUGAUUCUGGUGGUGAUAAGCAAAUUCCGGAGCACAUGCCACAGCAAGCAAAUCUUUAUUCCAACAGCCUGUUUUCCCCAUUCAACAAUUUUAGUAGCUUAUAUUCAAGUAGCGGUCAAAACGCCAGCGGCGGUUACAACACAUACAAUGACACAAAUACAAGUGUUGGUUAUUUUGACAAUGUUUACACACCCUUUGGCAAUAGCGGCGGCUAUUAUAUGAAUCCUUUUGCCACUGGUUUCGAUUUUAGUGCUUCGAACUUGCAAGCUUCAGCACCUGAAUUUGUGCCACGAUUCAAUAAUCUCAGUUUGAAUGAAGAAAAUCGAGAGCAUAACAAGCAAAACGAUUAUGAAACAGCAAGUAACGUCACUAGGGUUGAUCAAAAUAAWUUUCAAAYCGGCGAGCAGAAAGUACAAGGCAUAACAAAUAAUGAUAAUAAUCUUUUGAAUGGUGUUAACAACGGCGCAAUUUCCACUGUACCGGGUGAUCGUAGUGGUGUUGACAACAACGUUUCACUAACUGCAACAAASAACAAUACMGCAACGAACGGAGUAAACGUUGACACCGCAGCAGCCAUUACUUCAAAGGCAGCACAACGACAAGAUAAUGUUAGCACAAAAAGUGAUAUUGGUCAAGGAAUUUAUGGCACUAAGAGCCAAAAUAAUGGUGGCCACGUAACAGUUCAUCCCAACAUGUUUAAUCCUAAUGUGACUGGUACAAUAUCCUCAAGCGGUGGAGGCGCAGUAUCGCGUUAUACCGGGACAACAAAUAAACAACAAUCAUCGGGCGGCAGUAUCUCGAGAGGUUCGUCAUCAAAUGGUUUUUCCCGUAAUCGUAAUGACUAUUCCGGUUCACCACACAACCAUGAACGUAAUGGUAAUGGCAGCGGUGGUAUUGGUGGCAAUAAGCACAACAAUGACAUCAUAGAUAAGUCGGAGAAACCUUCAGCUCGCGCUGAGCGUGAGCGUGAACGCGAUCGAGAUGCUCGUCGUUAUCARAACGGGCGUCGCUCUGUUGACUACCAUCGCAGCAAUAAGCGUCGCGAUGAUUGGAAUCGCAAUCGCGAUCGUAUAAAUGGUUUUCGUGUAGAAGAGAAAUACUCAACAGAUAAUGGCAAAGAUAGCCCAUUACCUUCACCAGAAAAGAAGUCUUCACCGAAGAAAGUGUAUCCGGAGAAUGAGAAACUAUCGCAGCGUGAAAAACUCAUACGCGAUAUUGAGACGAGACGUUUGGAGUGUUUGGUUUGCGUUGAACCCAUCAAAGCUCAUCAUGGCGUCUGGUCGUGUAAUAAUUGCUAUCACAUACUUCAUUUGCAGUGUAUCAUUAAGUGGGCUUCAUCAUCGAAAUCGGAGGAUGGCUGGCGUUGCCCUGCAUGUCAGAAUGUAGUCAAGGAUGUGCCACGUGACUAUUACUGUUUCUGUGGUAAGGUGAAAAAUCCACCAUAUACGCGUCAUGACAUCGCUCAUACAUGUGGAGACACCUGUGGACGCAUUGAAGGUUGUACGCACGCCUGUACCCUUCUCUGUCAUCCMGGGCCAUGUCCUCCGUGUCAGGCUACAGUGAAACGUGAAUGUGGCUGCGGCAAGACAACCAAAACAAUGCAGUGCUGUCUCAAAGAACCAAUUGAAUGCGAAUCCAUUUGUGGUAAGCAAYUGAACUGUGAAGUGCACAAAUGCCCGGCUAAGUGUCACGAUGGCAAGUGCGCUCCAUGCGCUGAGAAGGUGGAUCAACAGUGCCACUGCACCAAACAGGAGCGUCAAGUUGCKUGCACACGCGACUCCCAUGAYAAGCACAACUACUCUUGCGGCAAACAAUGUGGCAAGGAUUUAGUCUGUGGUAAUCACAAGUGCAAAGAUUGCUGUCAUCCCGGCGAGUGUCGCACAUGCAAGCUUAGUCCCGAAGUGGUCACCUCGUGUCCUUGCGGUAAAAUGCCCAUAGUCACCGGCCAGAGAAUGUCCUGUUUGGACGCAAUACCAGUAUGUGAGGGCGUAUGCGGCAAGACUUUACGCUGCGGCAAGCCAGCACAUCCUCAUCAUUGCACGAGCAAAUGUCAUCUGGGUAAUUGUCCACCAUGCAACAAGCAGACCGCCGUCAAAUGCCGCUGCGGUCACAUGGAUCAGCUAAUCAAGUGCCGUCAACUAUCGACACGCGCCGACGAUGCACGUUGCAAGAAGCGCUGCGUAAAGAAACGCUCUUGUGGUAAACACAAAUGCAACCAGGAAUGCUGUAUCGACAUCGAUCACAUCUGCCCAAUGCCUUGCAACUAUACGCUGUCGUGCGGUAAACACAAAUGCGAUCAACCCUGCCACCGCGGCAACUGUCCGCCUUGUUAUCGUAGCUCCUUCGAGGAGCUGUACUGUGAAUGUGGUGCCGAAGUCAUCUAUCCGCCAGUGCCUUGCGGCACCAAGAAGCCAGCCUGCAAGCGCCCUUGCUCACGCACGCAUCCUUGUCARCAUCCACCACAGCACAACUGUCACUCAGCUGCCAAUUGCCCACCGUGCAUGAUGUUCACCACAAAAUGGUGCUUUGGCCAGCAUGAGCAACGCAAGACCAUUCCGUGCUCGCAAGAGAGUUUCAGUUGUGGCUUGGCAUGUGGCAAGGCAUUGCCAUGUGGUCGCCACAAGUGCAUCAAAACAUGCCACGAGGGUGCAUGCCAGGCUGCCGGYGAGGUGUGUAAACAACAUUGUACCAAGUCGCGUACCACUUGUGGCCACAAAUGCAUGUCGCCAUGCCACGACGGUGAUUGCCCGGAUACACCAUGCAAGGAAAUGGUUGAAGUCCAAUGUGAAUGYGGCAACCGUAAGCAGAUGCGUUUAUGCCACGAUUUGGCACGUGAAUUUAGUCGCAUUGCCACCGCCCAACUGGCCUCGUCAAUGGCCGAAAUGCAGCGCGGCAAUUACAUGGAACUGAGCGAAAUACUCGCUCCAGUUAAAAUCAAUAAGACAAAUAAAACACUGGAUUGCAAUGAAGAGUGCCGUUUGCUCGAACGCAAUCGUCGCCUAGCUAUUGGCCUGCAAAUCCGCAACCCCGAUGUGCCGCAGAAAUUACAAACCAAAUAUUCUGAUUUCAUACGAAAUUGUGCUAAACGUGACCCCACUUUGGUCAAGUCCAUACAUGAUGCUCUAACCACGUUGGUGAAGCUCGCCAAGGAAAGCAAGCAGAAAUCACGUAGUCAUUCGUUCCCGACAAUGAAUCGAGAAAAGCGGCAGCUGGUGCAUGAAAUGUGCGAAAUGUUCGGUGUCGAAUCGGUUGCCUACGACGCAGAACCCAAUCGCAACGUAGUAGCUACUGCUUACAAAGACAGGUCCUGGUUGCCGGCCACCAGCAUUAUGGAAGUUAUGCAGCGCGAAUCCGGUCAGCGUCGUGUGCCGGUACCGAGCAACAAUGCCUGGGGCAUUAAGAGAUAGAAUUUUUUCCUAUUAACAAAUGUGUAGUGAAUGCGUAUGCAACAAGUGUAACGUUGAAUAAAUCGUUUGAAUGUAUGCUGAAAUACACUAAACAAAUACAAAAUAUUAAAAAUAAAAAAUAAAGAUACAACAUACAGAGAAAAAAAUUAGACAUUUAUCAAAAAAAAAAAAAAGGAACAUUGAAAACGUAAAUAUUCUAUUCUAAAAUUACAACAUAACAAUUUAAACAUAAACAAAAAAGGCUGCACUAAACAUACAAAAUGCAAAAUACCACUUUAAAUUGUUUAUGCAUCAAAGUUUAAAAUCAAUGAAAAAAAAAAAACAAGAAAUAAUUCACAAUUAAAUGUAUGUCUAUCUAAUUUGCUCRUUAUAUAUUUCCAAAAGAAAAGAAAGAAAAUAUAUUUUGAACUACUAUCGUACCCUUAAUUUUUUGCGUUACUAUCUGGCAAUUAUCUCAAUUAUAAUUUUGCUUCUAGAAACUUGCACAUGGAUAUCUUCUUAUAAUUUUCUCUUUAUUUACAUUAAAAUCAUUAAUAACAUUAAUUUUAUUUUGAGUAUAAUCACUACUUUUAUUUACGAGACAAUACUACAUUACAAAAUACAUACAUAUACAUCAAAUACAUAAAAUACGGUGGAAGUUGAAUGUGAGUUAAUAAUAAAAAAUUCUUCAGCGAAAUACUUGUGAAAGAUUUGUACACAAAACAAAACAAAAAGAAMUAAAUAUGAGUAAAUUGUGAAUGAAUCGGCCGUAUGAAUCCAUAAUAUAUUCCUGAAUGUAAUGAGAAAUCAAAUUGAAUAAAGUUGUUUAUUAAUAUGUAUGAAUUGCGAACAUAAUAAA